ACGGUAGCAGGUGGUUGGUGGUGGGAUGGCAGUCGGGGGAUACUAGGCAAGAGGUAUAUUCGUCCUAUGUAUUGUGCGCAAUCGACAUACAACAUACAGCAUGGAGGAGGUGUGCUGGGCACGCGCACACCGUCAUGCGGAUCCCCGUGACGUCAUGAGGAGGCCCCGCCAUAAAGUACAAAAACCUCACCACCCUCCAACUAACAUUCUUCACAAACAACCAAUAUGGACGUCUACCACGGCUACUCUUACGGCACCGCCCUCUGGGGCGCCCUUCAAUCCCUUCCCCUCCUCGCCUCCCCAACAAUGAUCGUCACCCUCCUCUCCCCCGAGAUUCGUGAACCCUCACCCCUCGAGAUCUACCUCACCCGCGGUCUCGGCCUAACCCUCCUCUCCUUCUCCAUUCUCUCUCUCCUCCUUACCGGAGCCAUUCCGUUGACAUCGAGUCUGAGAGCGACAACGGCAGAGGAGGACCCCAGAGCACCGUAUACGGUUCCUACAUUGGGCAUCACGAUGGCUUAUCACGUUGCGGCGAUGAUGUUGACGUAUGCGUUCGGAGCGAAGGGACAUUCGUUCACGUACUAUAUCGCGGCAAUUGUUGAGGGUGUCUUGGCUGCUGUUGGGUUAUGGUGUAUGCUUUUUGCUACUGACAAUGGACGUAUUUCGAGGAAGACUGGAGCGGAUACGACUAAAGGAACCAGUGGUUUUCCGUUUGAGAACAAGGAGCACACCGAGCGUGUUGCUACCAAGAAGGAGCUCUAAGUGCUUCUUGAGGACGAUUGUAUAUACUAUACCCGUGGACUGCAUGACUAAAGACGGAACGGAGCUGAAUGAACCGAUUGAAUGCGCUAAAUUAGCGAAGCUUUUGGAUG